AUGGCACAGGCACAAGUUUCUCUUAAUUGCUAUGAAUCCUUAACUACAGAAACUAGCCCUUCCAGUCUUGAUGGAGAGCAAAAGAAUCCCAAGAACAAUAUCGCAAGCCAAAAUAGGAACAUCGUUGAAGUGGUUAAUAGUAUCAUCCCAGAAACUCUCAAGAAAUCCUAUGGAAUUCCGACGAAAGCAGCCACCAUCAUGGUAAUGGCAUUGGCAAUGGCUGAAUUAAUGAUGAGCUUUAUGCGUGGCUGUGACUCUGCAUUAGCCUUGUCUGGUGGCCGCAUGGGCGGACGUUCAAGUAGUAAUUGUUCGAGCUAUAGUAUCAGUAGUCGUUAUUCGAGCUACAGUAGUGGUGGUUCAAGCUUCACAAAGACCUAUUAUGUAUCCAAGCUUCAGGUAGCAGUAUAUGACGCAGAAAGGACUUUCCGAAUGGACCUUAAUCGAAUUGCUGAAAAGGCUGAUACAUCUAAAGCUUCUGGUUUGCAUCGUAUGCUUUCAGAUACUACAAGGCUAUUGCUUAAGCAUUUCGAUUCUUGCAUAUCUGGCUACGUUUCUGUGCAUCAGCAGGAGAAAUGCGAUCCUGCUAUGGAAUUCUUUGAUAAACUUUCCUUGGAAGAACGGGAAAAGUUCGAUGAAGAGACACUUGUUAAUGUAGACAACAAGAGAAAGGAAAAAGUAUCAAGCAUAAAAGAUAAUGAAUUAAGCAGAGGCCAUACAGUGGUAACAAUCUUGGUUGCUACUUAUGGAAGUUCUAAUAAAUUGCCCACUAUCAAUGGCCCUGUAGACUUAUAG